AUGGUGAAUGUUCCUCGCUUCGUGCUGACAGACCCCAGGCAAGAUCAGAGCAGAUCCUUCCUUUUAACCUUCUGGCUCCUCUCCGCCACUGCCCAUGAGACCACUGUAUCAGUGCCACCCAUAGUGUCUGAAGGAGAUGACGUCCUGUUCCUUGUCCACAAUCUGCCAGGGGAAAUUGAAUCCUUAGCCUGGUUCAAAGGGCUAGGAGACGAGGCAGAAGAAAUUGCAACAUAUGCACUGCACAAAGGUUUAAGCAGGCCAGGUCCUGCACACAGCAGUAGAGAGACAAUAUAUCACAACGGAUCCAUGCUGUUUGAGAAGGUCAACCUGAAGGACACAGAAUUCUAUACCCUACGAACCUAUAAUAGAAGUGGAAAAAUCAUAUCAACAGCAAACGUGUACCUCAAUGUGUAUGCUUUCCUUUGGAAGUGUGGAUGCCUUGCUCCCUCUGCCCAGACCACUGUUGAAUCACUGCCAUCCAGCGUUGCUGAAGGGGGAAGUGCUCUUCUACUUGUACACAAUCCCCCGGAGAAUAUUUUAGAGUUUCUCUGGUAUAAAGGAGAGGUUGACUCCAAGAACCUUUUGGCUACGCAACCUGUACCAGCCAAGAAACCAGCUGUGUGGGGGCCUGCAUACAGUGGCAGAGAGACAUUGCACAGUGAUGGAUCCCUGCUGCUUCAUGAUGUCACUGAGAAAGACCAUGGAUUGUACACACUCCGAAUUCUGAGAACAGAUAUGGGAAUUGAAGAAGCACAAGUGCAACUCCAGGUGGACAGUUCCCAUUCUCUGUUCUGUGACACUCUUACUUCUUCCCAACUCAUGAUCCAAGCAGAGCCUCGGUAUGUUUCUGAAGGUGAAGACGUACUUCUCCAAGUUCAUAAUCUUCCAGAAGAUGCACAAGCCUUUUCCUGGCACAAAUCAAAGGAUGGGAGCCCAAUUUUUAAACUCAACAGAGCCAUGCCUUCCAUCUCCUGGGAUGUUGCACAGAGAACAAAAGGGAUGGUGUUCCAAAAUGGAUCUCUGUUGCUCCAGGAUAUCACUGAAAAAGAUGCAGGAAUCUACACACUAGAAGUUUUAAACAAAGAUUUCAAAAUUGAAAAAGCAUACGUGAAAUUUUAUGUAAAGAAGCCUGUGACACAGCCCUUUGUGCAAAUCACUGACACCACAGUCUCAGGAGGUACAUCUGUGAUCUUCACCUGUGUUUCACCCAACACUGAUGUCUCCAUCCGUUGGUUCUACAAGAAGAAGAAUCUGCAGCUCACAGAGAGGAUGACUCUUUCCCCAACAAAGUGUGGACUCAGAAUAGAUCCUGUCAGGAGGGAGGAUGCUGGAGAGUAUCAGUGUGAGAUCUCCAACCGCCUUGGUUUGAAGACCAGUCUUCCGGUCUCCUGGCCGUGA